AUGCAGCGUCGACACCCGCGGGGCGCUGCGUACAUCUCCCCGCCGCUGGGCCACGACGCAGGAGCAGACACCGAAAAAUCAUCGUCUUCCUCGCGCUUGGGACAGCGCAGCUUCGGCGUGGCGAACCGCAUCUGGGUCCUUCUCUUCCUCCUCGCCUUCGUCCUUACCCUCACCCACUUUAUCGGCGCCUUUCCCGGCUCAGACACACACUCCUCCUCCUCCCAACCAGCCUACUCAAAUGCCGGUCUCAAGGCUAAGAAUUACUUCAAUUUCACGCAUGAGCUGGGUCCUAACCCCUUCGAGUUUUGCCCGUCGCAUGGCGAGGGGGAUGUGCUUGGUGAAAAGUACGGGAUCAAGACAUUGCAGCAGAGUCGUGUGCAUUUAGGUACGGGUGCACGGGUGCAGAGGGUGUUGAAUAAGGCGUUGGCGGGGCAGCCUGUGACUAUUAGUGUUAUCGGCGGGUCUAUUUCUGCGUGCCAUGGAGCAGGAGACGACCCCAUCUCCUCGACGUGCUACCCCUCGAAGUUCUUCCAGUGGUGGAACAGCGUGUUCCCCCAUCCAGCCACCGAGCUGACCAACGGCGCCAUGCGCCGCACAGACUCGGGCUACUUUGGCUUCUGCAACGCCCACCACCUACCCGACAUCACAGAUCUAGUCAUUGUCGAACUCGACACCGACGAUGCGCCAACCCGAGAAGCGAUGGAACACUUUGAAACCCUCAUCCGCUCCAUCCUGAUCAGGCCGGACCAACCCGCCGUGCUCAUCCUCGGCCACUUCUCGCCCCAAGUCUUCCAAAGCUACGGCUUCGCCGGGCCCGACCACUGGCACAAUUCCGUCGCCCAAUUCUACGACGUCCCGCACCUCACCAUCAAGCCUAUCCUCUACCAACCCUACAUGGACGACCCGAGGAGCGUGGAGAAGUAUUUCGUGGACCCUGUUUUAGCUAGUCCGGCGGGCCAUGAGCUGUUGACCGAUGUCCUGGUCGCGUAUUUCCAGAGUCAGAUUUGUGUUGCGUGGGAGCUGGCGAGUCAGGAGGCGCGGGAGGUGGUGCGGGGCGAGGGGAAGGGGAAGGGCGAGGGUGGGUUGUUCGGGGGUGUAGGACAGAGGAAAGGCGUACCCGAACCCGGCGACGAAGGCGCCGAGAAGGAAAAGGAGGAUGAUGAAGCUGUCGAGGCAGCGCCGGAGCGGAAGAAAGUUUUGAAAGGCCUUCCGGCGAUGUUGGCGCAGUACCAAGUCCCGUCUGCGCGUAUCAACACGCGUCCGAAUAUGGGUCGUCCAUUUGAGGAGAUAGCACCCUACUGCGUCUCCGCGAACGACCUCAUCAACCCGCUCCCGCCGUCCCUGUUCUACGGUUCUGGGUGGUACGCGCACCACCCCCCUACAGCGGGUGGUUCCUCCCUUCGUACAACGGCGCAUUAUUGGUACUCCACCCUACCGACGAGUAAGCUAAGGAUACCGAUUCAGGUUGGGGCGGGUGAUAUUGCUAUUUAUUAUUUGAAGGAACCGGUGAGGGAGGUUGGGGAGGGGAGCUCGGUUGAGUGCUGGGUUGAUGAUAAUUAUGCGGGUGCGAAGGUUAUUGAGAAUGCGGCGGAUGUUGGGGAGGCUCAGCCUGCGCUCAUGAUGAUCGACCAUUUUGUUAGUCGGGGAUCACAUUUUGUUGAAUGCCAGUUGUUGGGUGAGGAGGGUCAGAAUGUGCCCAUGUUUAAGCUUUUGGGUAUUUUCUCGACAUAGUCCGACUCUGUGGGAUGGGGGUGGCGAUGUGGUAUCCUUUCGUGCUCGGAUGAGUAGGAGUAGGACUCGUACUAGGCGGAAGGUGUUCAUUCGCUCUCAUUGGAAAGAGAGGGAGGAAAACGGACUUGAGGUGGUGGUAAUAUUUUGGGGCUCUUUUCGACUCGACGUUACUGUUACCUCGCUUUGGGCGCCCGUACUCUUCAUUGUUCAAGGCAUCCCCGCCUGCCUGCCUGGAAGGUUGGUGUACGUGUACUACUUUUGAUACACUAACACCAGCUGCAGUUUGGGGGUUUGGUUCAGAGCGGAGUCGAGUUUGAACGUUGAACGGACUACUUUUAUUCUAAAAAAAUUUUGUGGUGCAUAGUCUACAUACAUACAUAGCAUAUGGUAUCGAUGAAUGGGUACUUAAUUUUUGUUUC